CACGCACACACACGCACAUAUUUAUAUUUAUAUUUAUAUGGAGCCUGAUUUAAAGCGAGGCAAAUAGUCAGUGGUUAUCAGUUAGAAGUAACAAGUUAGACGGGAUACAGAUUCAAAAAGUGUGAGCGGGAGAGGGACAGAGUAAGAGAAAAGGAAAAGUAAACUAGAGAGAGAGAAAAAAACAUACAGCCACACAGACAGAUAACUAAAAGAUAGACAGAAGAAAGAAACUCUAAAAAGCAACAGUUGAUAAUAUAGAAAUACAGAAAUAUAUUAAGAAACGUAUCAAAUAUAAGGGUCUAUCUGGUUUAUUUAGAAACAAAUGUAAUAUAGUAGUGAUUACUAAACAAUAUACGGACACAUAUAGCUAGCUAUAUAUUGCAUAAUAUAUUUAUAUUUGUAUAUAAAUUAAGGGAUAUACCUCGGUGAUUUAAAGUUUUGUUGUAAGACAUGGAUGGAGAAUCAAGGGAAGCUGUGACUGUUGAGAAUGGUGAAAACCACCCUGGACCAGUGCCGCAAUCACAACCUGCCCCACCGAAAAUUAAGAGAGGGUUUAUCCGUCUGAGACGAGAUGAGACUUGUGUACAGUGGGGUUUUCGCAUCAUCGGAGGCUGCGAUACGGGAAUUCCUUUGCAAGUUAUCAAGGUUACACCCCAGAGUUUAGCAGCCAAGAAAGGACUUCGGCCUGGUGAUGUCAUUCUCAAAAUAUGUAGUAAUAUUGUCAAGGACAUAAAUAACGAAGGAGCUAAGAUGGAAAUUCUUAGAGCUGGCAAUGAACUGGACCUCGUCAUUGAGAGGGAUUUCAGUAAAGUUCCACCAAAGCCAGCACCAAAAGUUAAGGCUCGACCUAAGUCUUAUUCCUCUGAUCAAGACUUAGAAUGUUUUCAGUGUAUGGUUAAUCCGAAUCUACAAUCAAGAUCUUUCCGAAUUCUUCAAGAGACGCUGGAACGUUUGCCACCGGUUGAGCUGACACCACCCACAGUUACUGAAAAUUCUUCUGAGGACAGGAAUUCCGGAGUUUACGUAGAAAACGACACACAGUGGGCGUCUCCACCAGUGGAUGAAAACUCACACAACCAAGACGAAAUAGUUCCCGAAACUAGCGGUUAAUAUACAUACAUAUAUACAUACACACACACACAUACGUAUAUAUGUACGUAAGUGUAUGCAAAUGUAUGUAUGUAUAUAUAUAUAUAAUAUAUAUAUAUAUAUAUAUAUAUAUAUAUAAUAUAUAUGCGUAUAUAUGUAUGUACGUAUGUAUGUAUGUAUAUAUAUUAUAUAUAUAUAUAUUAUAUAUAUAUAUAUAUAUAUGUAUGUAUGUAUGUAUGUAUGUAUGUAUGUAUAAGUAACUAACGACUUUACAUAGAAUAGAGUAAUAAUUCUCCCCAGUCACAACCGUGGAGUUAAAACCUUCCUGAUUUUCAACGUCAAUUAUGACAGAAAGUUUUUAAAAUGUGUAUAUGUGUGUAUGUGUCUGAGUAUUGUGACGCUCACCCCAGACACGCAUAUACACACGCAUAUAUACAGCUAAAUGUAUAUAUAGUGUGCAUUUAACAUGGACUUGUGUGACCAAAGAGUGAAUUCUCCACAUAAAGACUGCCAGACUAUCAAACAACCAUUGUAACAUCUUUCCAGUUAAUGACUAACUUUUACCACACAUUUAUGAUACAAAAAAAAAUAUCAUUGUCUAGCAUUCUUAACUCAGUUUUUUACUGCUUGGAAUGUUUUAUCUUAAACAUAUGUUAUUUAUAGCGGCCCUAUAACACCUUUUAUACUAAAAAAAUACAAUCUCUGUGCUUAGAUUAUAACCUCAAAAAUAUUUUUGUCGUGUACCAUGGAGUUUGAAGUAAAAGCUUAGCUUACACCUUGAGCCGAGUUUUUAUGACGUGUUAUGAUUUUUAAUGGAACCAUUUAAAUUUUACUUCUUUCGCAAAUGGCAUAAUGUUAUUUGCGAUAUGUUUCCUAUUCUAAAAAUUUAGCCCAUUUGUGACUAUUCUAAAGAAACACUUAAUCAAACUUAAGCUGUUAAACUCUGAGAUAAAAGAAAAUUUACCGGUUUGAGUUAGAGAAAAGAACAAUGUUUUAAACUAAUGAAAAGUCCGCUCUCACCCAGUGAGAUGUUAGUCACAACUAAUUAUUUUUAUUGUUAUUACGAAUAUGAUUCGAGAGUGGUGAACUGGCAGAGUCGCUAGCUUGACAGGUAAAACGUUUAGCACAUUUCGUCCGUCUUCAAGUUCUGAGUUCAAGUGCCACUGGGGUCGACUCUGAUUUUCAUCCUUUCGGGGUCGAUAAAUUUAGUACUAUUUGAGUACUGACGUCAAUGUGACCAACUCACUCGAAAUUACUGGCCUUGGGCUUAAACUUAAAACCAAUAUGAUUUGGCGAGCGGGUAGAAUGCUUAGCAGCGUUUCUUCUAGCUCUUCAAACUCUGAAGAUCAAAUUCUGUGAGAUCGACUUUGCCUAUCAUCCUUUUGUGGUCAAUAAAAUAAAUACUAGUUGGCACCUGCGUCUAAAAUUGCUGACCUUAUACGAAAACUUGAAACCAUUAUUAAUAUGAAUAAUGACACCACAGACAAUCAGCAAACUAGACUAACAAUAUGGAAAUUGCGUUAUUUUCUUGAUUUCAAAUGGAGUUUAAUUUUUUUCUGUAGCUAUAUUGAAAAGUGCAGAAACUUACAAAGAGAAGUAUGAACCCAUUGUUUUAAUUUUACAAGGAUUUGUCUGGAUGCGAAUCGGAUUAGAGUACAUUCCCAUUUCAAAUCAGAUUGGUGAAUUUUUCUCUCGCCAAGUGACAUUCACGAACGAAAUUGAACUCUGUAAUUCAAGCUAACAUAUAUGUCGUCAGUUAUACCAUGAUUAUGUCACCCACAGCAAUAACAUUUACUAUCUACAGUAGUAAAUGUUACUGCUGUAGAUGAUAUUUACUGCAAAUUAUAUUGAGUUUUUUUUCUGGUACUUCACAGCAAAAAUGACUGAAUCCAAUCAUCACCCUUCUCUGAAACUUUGAAAUAGGCAGAAAAAAAAGUUUCAAUUUUGGCAACAACAUUAUUGUAAAUAAAGUACUUUAGCACUGGUGAAAUUAUUUCUGGUAUAUAUAUUUAUAUAUAUCAAAUAGUAAUAUAACUAAUGUAUUUUAGCGGAUGUGUAUAGCUAACAGAAGCGAUUCCAGUAUAUCGCUGGCAGUUAUAUUUUUUUAAAUCUUAUUUCGUUAGGUCCAGAGUUAUUUAAUAUUGAUCUCAAAUUUUGUCAUAAGGCCAGAAAUUUUAAGGAAGAGUAAGUUUACUACAUUGACCCCAGUACACAACUGGUACUUUAUUUUUUAUUGACCCUGAAAUGAUAAAAAGUAAAGUCGAUCUCGGCAAAACUUGAACUCAGAACAUAAAGACAAACGAAUUGCCGCUAAACAUUUUGCCCGGCGCGGUAACGAUUCUGCCAGCUCACCACCUUAGGGUUGUAAAAUACUGAGGCCGACCUGAACUCCAUUGAAACUCGGAAGUACAAAGACGAUACUGUAUUUAGUACAUGAAGGGCAUUUUGUCUGGAAUUGCAUCAAUUUAUUCUUAUUGACAACUGAACUGUUCCAGAGAAGCACUGUAUCGCCAGGAGAAUAUUGGUUGUGAUCUUCCGAAAUCAAACACAAGUCCCAAUUUCGCAUUGAAACUAACACAUUAACAUGUGUUACUAAUGUUUCAGUGAAUGACGUAAACACCAAACAAUUUCAUUCCCUUAUUCUAGAAAUUUGUUGAUCUUUGUGGUUUGUGAAAGAAAUCCAUUUAUCAGAAAAGUAUUAUUUAUUGUUUCCAAGCGUUAUAUCUAAUAUAUUAUUAUAAAUUUGUUGAUCGUGUAUAAACUUUGAAAGACUACAGAAAUCAGAAA